AUGGAUCAGGCCCCUCCUCUUGUCGACACUGUUCCUUCUGCUUGGAAGAGAUCCUUUGUUACGCCUGUUCACAAAUCGAAGGGUGCUCGCUCUGAUGCUCGGAACUAUCGACCUAUCUCCAUCACUGUUGUUCCCAGUAAAGUCCUGGAGACCAUUCUCUCCAAACGAAUCGUCGAUCAUUGCGAAUCCAACCGGUUGUUUGACCAGCGCCAGUUCGGCUUCAGACGGAAGAAGUCUACUGUGCUUCAACUCGUCGACACCAUAUCUCAAUGGUAUACCUCUUUCGACAAUGAUCGUGCUCAUACGGACGCCAUCUACAUCGACUUCAGUGCUGCGUUUGAUGUCGUUAAUCAUCGUCUCCUGCUGCUCAAAUUACCGUACUUCGGCUUCUCGCCUGUUUUAUGUUCCUGGUUCAAGGACUUCCUGACCGACAGAACGUUCUCUGUCAGAGUCGGGGACUCCCGCUCUUCCUGGUCGCCCGCACCCUCUGGCGUCCCGCAGGGGAGCGUCGUGGGACCCCUACUUCUCCUGCUCUUUUCCACCGAUCUUCAGCGUGAGAUAGUGGGCGGUGUCUCUCACAGAACCUACGCAGAUGAUACCAAAAUUUUUGCUGACGUGUCGUCUCCCCUGGGCAGAACUGCUCUCCAGAACACCCUGACCAACAUUGAAGACUGGUCAGUUACUUGGAAGCUCAAGAUUUCAUCUGCCAAAUCUGCUGUGCUACAUAUUCUUCACUCUCAGCCUGCAGAGUAUACCAUGUUCGGCGAAAUCACUCCUGUUUAUGUCAGGGCGUACAGGGCACUCAUCCUUCCCGUGCUCCUUUAUGGAUCCGAGGUCUGGCGGCCCUGGUUCAAAAGAGACCUGCUCCUCCCUGAGAGCUUUCAAAAGCGUUUCAUUCGCCGUGUGGCACUCAAGUGCAGUGUCUGCUGCGAUUCUAUCGACCUAUCGCCCAUCUCUGCUCUUCUGGAUGAGAAGGACAGAAAACUGGCAAUCAAGAUUCUCCAUGACCCACUCUUCGACGACUUCUUAGCCAUUCGUGAUACUCUCACCCGUGCCUCAAAGAUCUCAGUGCUCCGGGAUGCGUUUCGCGCUCAUCUCACGAAAGACACCGAUGAGCUAAGAAAUCUGCGCGUCGAUUCCGUUGUUGUGCUCGGAGGUUGCACUAAAUUCGUUCAAGCCCCGGACGUCAACUGGAACAAACCUUUCAAACAGAGAAUCGAAGAACAGUACGAAGACUGGUUGCUCCAUGGAGAAAAAUCGUACACUCCCAAAGGUAAUAUGCGAGCUCCACCGAUGGACGUGCAGCUAAAAUGUAUCGUCGACUCCUGGUCGCGACUGACUCCAGAGAUAAUCGCGAAAUUCUUCAUGGCUUGCGGGAUAUCGAACGCUAUCGACGGUACCGAGGACCACCUCAUACACGUAUUCAAGCCUGAUGCAGCUUGUCCAAAUGGUCUGGCCGAGCUAAUUGAAUGCACGAGGAAUUUGAAAGUCCGCGACGAGUUUGAUUCCUGUCUCGGAAGAGAAGAGGAAGAGGAGCCUAUUCUCCUGACAGACGACUCACUCCUCCAAAAAACACACGAGAGCGACAUUUCGAUUUACUACAGAGCAGGAGCCUCAGAGAUUCAAUUUCUCGUGCCGAAAUAUGUGGAGAGAGGCCAGUUCUGCGACUUGAGUCAAGCGCUAGAUUUCUACAAAGAUGACCUGAGUCGCAGCAUGAGUGUCAUUAGUGCGGACUACGAGCUUUGGAAAUAUUUAUGGUCGAAAGUUCCAGCCGAAAAAGUGACGACGUCGACAGCUGAGCGCGAUUUCAGCGUACUCAAAUUGCUGAAAACAGAUCUUCGGAGUACGAUGAAAGGAGAGAGAUUGAGUGGCUUGACGGCGUUGAAAAUUAAUCGAGAAAUGCCGCUCACUGUUGAAGAGAUUGUGGACUACAUGGCGGCUAAUCCGAGAAAGCUUGAAAUGGUUUUCUGA